CUGCUCUGGGAGUGGAUGUUGGCGCCAGUCCGGCGAGAGUUUUUCUAAGGAGACUGAAGCUGCUCCGGCGGUCUCGCGAGUCUAUCCGCGUCCUUCCGGCUUCAGUGAUGGCUCAUGAAGCAAUGAAAUAUGAUCUUCAGGUGCAGUUAGAUCAUGGUGCUGCACAACAGCCUGCUCCUCCUGAAGUGGUCAGCGGCCAAGAGGGACCACCCCUGCUCCAGCCUUCUCAUACUGAGGUGGUCAGCAGCCAGGAAGGACCACCCCUGUUUGAGCCUGCAUCUGCUGCAGUGGUCAGCAGCCAAGGGGGACCACCCCUGCUCCAGCCCCCUCCUGAUGAAGUGGUCAGCAGCCAAGAGGGACUGCCCCUGCUUCAGCCUGCUCCACAGGUGUCCAUUGAUAUGACAGAGGAGCUCUCAGGAGAAGAGACUGUGGAGAACAUCAAUCCAGGAGUUUCAGAGGCGCGUAGGCAGGAAUCUGGUGCUAACCACACUGCCCAAUUAUCUUCAUUGGAUUCAGUGAACAGCUUCAUCAGUGGGCUGCAGAGACUUCAUGGCAUGCUGGAAUUCCUGAGACCAACUUCGGAAAACAGGGUGGGGCCAGUGAGAGCUAGGAGGAGGAGGAGUUCUGCUUCACAGAGGGCAAGAGCUGGAGGGUCUCACAGGACAAACAGUGCCAGGUAA